ACUACAUACGCCGAUAUCACUGCAAUGUAAUAAUUGCUAUACACGUCUGGAUCUUUGGCUAUUUGUUUCUGUAUUUAUUUAUCAUUCUCCAUCUUACAGAAUCUCUUGGAAGACCGAAAAUUUUUCUUAAAAAAAUAAAUAACUGAUAAGCAAAGUGCGUGUGUGAGUAGUAAACAUUUUAUCAAGAUUAAAUUACAAGUCGAAAUUAUGUCAACCAGCAAUACGGACACGGGUGACACCACAAUUAUUGCUUCAACAACAGAAAUACAAAAUGGGCAAAAUGAUUCUUUUGGCAUAGAGCCUCCUCGCGAAACUUUGAUAACGACUGCAGUUAACUUCUUACAAAAUGCCAAAGUACGGCACACAACAUUGAUGCAAAAACGACAAUUUUUACAAUCCAAAGGUUUAACCAACACAGAAAUUGAGUUGGCUUGCCAACGAGCUGGCGUGUUUACAGAAGACCCUAACAUCCCUACCCUAAUCAAUAUGGGCAGUAGUGGUUCAACACAUACGCAAUUAGUUUUACAGCCGCGACAAUCGGCUUACGGACGUAUCAAAGAAGUUUUACAUAAUUUAGCGCUUAUUAGUGGUGUUGCGUAUGCAAUUUAUAUAUUCUGGAAGAAAUAUGUAGAGCCUUUCCUCUUCGGAAAGAAAAAGAAGAAAACUGUAGAUGAAGCACUGGCGGAUAUCGAUAGAAAGGUUGAUACGCGCCUAGAAGCUGUAAGUGUUGAAUUAACAACCAUAAAGGAACAAAUGCAGGAACAACAGCGUGAGCAGCGUCAGAGUUUAAAUCAAGAAUUCAAUGUUUUUCGAAGUGAUUUAGAGGCUAUAAAAGGUUUAUUGCUCAACCGUAAACAGUUUGCUGCACCCUUAACUGCCGGUCCUCCUUCGAUUCCCGCAUGGCAACUAGCAGCUACAACACAUCAUCAUCAUACACGUCUUUCACAAUCAGAUGAUAUAGAAAAAGUUGAUGAUGCGGGCUCCGGUUCAGGUUCAUCUGAAACAGAAGUGGUUACCAAAAAUAGUGAUUCAAGUUUAGAAAUCAUGUAGAAGUCUUUGUUCUACUCUCCAUUUUGCUGUCGCUGCUGCUUUAUGGAAAAUGCUUAAAAUUAAAACCAGCAGAUUAGAUUAUAAGUUAAAAAAGUUGAUAAAACUGCUUGCUUUAAGUUAACUUCUAUAACAACAAAUGCACACUUACUAAUGGAGAACACACAUAUGUAUGUAUAUUUGUGCAAGUGAGUGAAUCGCACUGUUGGUGGCAUGAACAUAAGUGAAAAACGUAAAUAUUAAAAGUAUUAUGCCGUUUAAAGUCUACUGGCGUAACAUGGUUUAUCUUGCAAUUUUAGUAAUUAAGCGGAGCAAUAAAAAAUACAUAUAUUUAGUUCAGUGUCGUUUGGUUUUUUUUUUUUUUUUUUUUUUUUGAAAUGAUAUUUAGAUUUUUCAUUAAGCUAUGUGUAUGUAUAUUUAUGUAAAAUAUAAGCAAGUAAUUCGAAAUUAAAGUUUUAUUAUGAUUCUGUUAAAUCUCAGCCGUAUUUAUAUUUUAAUAUGAACCCUUUAUAUUUUUUCAACAGUCUGUAUUGGCAAGCGCGUUUGUGCAUUCGUGUGCUUUACAAUAAGUUAAAAAAAUAAAUUUUGUUAUAAAAUUGUCUACGAAAAAUAUAUUUAUAAUUACAAAAAUAUCAUCAAUAAAUAAUAAAAAUAUUCUCCAACUAUUGUCCACCAUUAAUAUGCGAAGAUAUAUGAAAUAAAUAUGUGUUUGAUUAAUUGGUCAUAAGCACAGGUAAAAAUGUGUGCAGAGAAAGAACUUAUAUAAAAUCCCCGUACAAAUGGUAAACUCAUCAACGACAACGAAAGAGUAUCGCGCCCGUUGAUACAACACGUCAUCACCGCAUCACACAUUCAUAAACAUACAACGAACGACAGAAAUGUAUAAAUUGCUGAAAAAAGAUGAAUAGACAAGUGACGGAGGAGUGUACAAAAAAUGCGAAACCGAAUAGCAAAACAAAAUUUGGUGUAUUAUUUUGUUGUCUGCUGCUACUUUGCGGCAUAAAGUUUCGUUUGUUUGUGGGUUUGUAUUUGUUGGAUGUAUGAAUGUACUAAACACCACUAAAAAAAAAAGUUAAUGAAUGCUCGUGUUACGUUUUGACGAACGUGUACUUAUGGCAAAUUGUAAAUCAUGUUAAAAUAAAACCAACCAAAACAUAAUAA